UAAAUAUAUAAGCGUUAGGGUGGACUCCCAUAAUCAUUGUAUAUUCAGCUACUUUGAAUACGCACCAAGCAUCAUGUCUACCUUCGCUUUCCUCCUCCUCUGCGUCCAAGCUUGCUUGGUUCAGAAUGUAUACAGCCAGUGCCUUGGUGGGCUAGCUGGACCUCUUGGAUGGGAAGGCGGUCUAGCUGGACCCAUUGGCUACGGCUGGGGUCCCGGACCUGCUGGUUUGGGCUGUGAAGCCGGUCUCGCUGGUCCCGCUUACGGAUUGGGUGUUGGUUUUGCUGCUCCAUAUGGUGCUGCCUACGGAGGUGCCGGUGUCGGUGAUGUAGCAGUCGCUGGUGAGAUGGGCGUCGCCGGAACCACCUUGGUUGCUGGUCAAGUGCCGAUCCUCGGUGCUGUUGAGUUCGGAGGUAUCGUGCCAGCUGCUGGAGCUGUCUCCAUUACCGGUAGCUGCGGCUGCGGCUGCAACGGUGGUUACAUCUACUGAGAAAAAUUAUAAUGAUUCAACGGAAAAAUGUUU